AACAUUGUCUACAUGCCAGGCACUGUGCAAGGUGCUGGUGGUGACGUCAGCCUGGGCUAAGGGAGUAGCAUUUGGGAUAAAGAAUCGAUGCAUUAGAAAGAGAAUUAAGUGGAAGAAUCUGUAGGUUUAAUAGACAGAAUGUUGAUGAUGAGAGAAAGAAAUUAAUGGAAGAAAGCACAUAGAUUUUUGACUUGUUCACUGGAAUACAUUUCACUGAGAUAUGAGAGACUGGGAGAGAUGUAGCUUGGGAGAAGGGCAGGUUGGAUUAUGAGUUGAAUUUGGCAUAUGCUGGGUUUAAGAUGCCUGUGAUAUAACCAAGGAAGGUAAUCAGUAGGCAUUUGGGUAUAGAGUUCUGAGGAUUACAUGGAAAUCCAUGCCACAGGAGCAGAUGAGAUUUUCCUGGGGCAUAUGUAUAAGAGAGCUAUGUUUAAUAAAUAACCCUGAGAGCAUAAACAUGUAAGGUACUGACAGAGGAGAAGCCCAUUACGUCUUUGAGAAUGAAUGAAUGGCCAGACAAGUAGCAGGAAAACCAGACCAUUGUGUGCCUCAGAAGCUAAGAGUGAUUUUGGAAGGAGGGAGUAGUGUUACAUGUAAAAGAAAAGUGAAAAAUAAAAGUCAUUUUUAAUUACUGAGGUUUUGAUUAUAGAGAUCCAGAGUAUAGAAAUUGUCCUUGUUGUAAUGAGAGAAAAAUCAAGUAUUACAGAGCAUCUAACAGACCAUAUAUCACAGAAAUGUGUUUAUUUCUCUAGUCAGUGUUUUAAUGAACACUAUUAUUUGUUCCUGAAGAUAUUAGCAAAGGAGCAUGUCAGGAAAAAAUCAAACCAUCAUCUCUGAGUUCAUCCUCCUGGGCCUGCCCAUUGAUCCAGAGCAGCGAAUCCUGUUCUAUGGCCUGUUCCUGGCCAUAUAUGUUACUACCGUCCUGGGCAACCUCGUCAUCAUAGUCCUCAUUCGGCUGGACUCCCAUCUCCACACACCCAUGUAUUUGUUUCUCAGCAACUUGUCCUUCUCUGACCUCUGCUUCUCCUCGGUCACAAUGCCCAAAUUGCUGCAGAACAUGCAGAGCCAAGUCCCAUCCAUCCCCUACACAAGCUGCCUGGCCCAGAUAUACUUCUUCCUGUUUUUUGGUGACCUGGAGAACUUCCUCCUUGUGGCCAUGGCCUAUGACCGCUAUGUGGCCAUCUGCUUCCCCUUGCACUACACCACCAUCAUGAGCCCCCAGCUCUGUCUCUCCCUGGUGGCACCGUCCUGGGUGCUGACCACGUUCCAUGCCAUGCUGCACACCCUGCUCACUGCCAGGUUGUGUUUUUGUGCAGACAACUUGAUCCCCCAUUUUUUCUGUGAUAUGUCUGCUCUACUGAAGCUGGCCUGCUCUGACACUCAGGUUAAUGAGUUGGUGAUAUUCAUCACAGGAGGACUCGUUGUCGUCAUCCCAUUCAUACUCAUAAUUAUAUCCUAUGUAAGAAUCAUCUCCUCCAUCCUCAAGGUCCCUUCUGCCAGGGGCAUCCAUAAGGCUUUUUCCACAUGUGGCUCCCACCUCUCCGUGGUGUCACUGUUCUAUGGGUCUGUUAUUGGUCUCUACUUAUGCCCAUCAGCUAAUAAUUCUACUGUGAAGGAGAUCGUCAUGGCUAUGAUGUACACUGUGGUGACCCCCAUGCUGAACCCCUUCAUCUACAGCCUGAGGAACAGAGACAUAAAGGGAGCCCUGGGAAGAGCCUUUCAUAAAAAGACAUUUCCCUUCUAUCUAUGAUGGUAGCACUUGGGAUUUCAUGUUAUCUUAUCCAGUAGAGAUGCUGAUAUUUCAAUAUUAUUUCAGACUUCUUUUUUUGUUUAUCGUAGAACAUUCUAUUAAAAUGAAAUACUGCCGAAUACUCUAAUAAGAGAAGAGAGAUAAAGUGGAGCUAUCUUGUUGAACUAAGAAGUGGUUCUCCGUGACCUCCUGGUAAAGUCUUCCUUUUUUGUCACUCCCAGAUGAUCCUGAAGGAGCAUAGUUUUAAAAGAUCUAAUUGCCUCCAGUUGCUAAACCACUAAUUUGUUACAUGUUGUGUUUUUUAACCAAAACGACUUGAAAUAAUACUCUGUCCUCCAAGUGAAUACUGACUAAAACCCAAACAUCUCAGCCUCUCAGCACCCAU